CGUUCGUAAUAUGAUCAUAUGAAUUAAAGGUCGAAGAGAAGAAUAUUUAUUUGAUCCUGGACUACUUCAUGUUGUGGAGGGUAGGACGGGAGUUCCUAAAUUGCCUUCUGGUUGCCACGCACGCCCUUUGUCACUAAGAGAUAUUAAUAAGAACUACGUUCGUUUACUGCUGCAAGGAGAAAACUCCUGCCCUGUCAGUGUAGAAAAACUAGUGAAGAAGAAUAGUGUAAUUGGCACCGUCACACUCGUCAUUGAAAUGAAAUUUAUUCACACUUUGGGGCUUCGUGGUCGUGUCACAGAUCUGGUAGUCGACACAAAAAGUCGCGGCUGUGGGGUAGGGACGGCACUUGCAAAGUACGCUCUGGAGUUGGCUCGAGAUCUCGGAAUUUAUAAAGUUUCAAUGGCUUGUGUGGAUAGUUUGGUUACCUUUGCAGAAGGAAGUGGAUUCCCAAAGGAUGUGGGGAAUAAUGUAAUGAGCCAACAGUUUGAGUUUUAUCAUGGAGAUGAAGAGCCGUCUUGCUACUUUAAGCCUGGAAGUACCGAGUUGUUCAGAAAUGAGAUUUUGCACCAAGAGGAUCUCUUGAACCUGGAGGCACCGCCAAACAUUUCAAUAAGGCCUUUACACGUAGAUGAUUGGGAUAAGGGUUACUUAAGUUUGUUGGGACAGCUUACGGUAGUUGGGAAUGUUUCAAAAACAGAUUUUGAAGAACGCACAAAGGAAAUCGUAGCCAGCGGAACUUUGUAUGUGGACAAACACGGCUGUGAACAUUGUGGGCACUUUGAAGAUCUAGUAGUUGAUGCUGAUUUCCGUCGUAUGAGGUUGGGGCGCUACCUCUGUUUAUAUUUUCGUAAAAUGGCAUAUCUACUUGGGCUACAUCGAAUAGUGUUAGAAUGUCGUGAUGAAUUGCUUGGAUGGUAUGAGAGUUUUGGAUACAAAAGGGCUGCAAACCUCAUGACUUAUAAAUUCGAUAUGUAAUU